AUGGAAAAGCGUGAUAAAAAAAACGGACCAGUAUCAUCCAAUAUGGUUGAUAUGUCUGGUGAUGACACUGAUGAUGAUAUGGACGAUGGAAAAUUAAAUGAUUACUUGCAAUAUCAAUGUGACCAUAUAACUCAUUACGAUGACAGUGCAACCUGGUCAUUACAAGAUGCUAUUACAACAACAUUUAAUAAAUUUUUGGAUAAAUCACAAACAAUUAAUUUUUGGCAAUGUGGUAUUGAUUUAGAAUUAAAUACAUGGAAGAAUAAUUUAUUUAGUCGACCACAAUACAACAAACAUAUUGAACAACAACAACGAUUAAAAAUGAAACAAUAUGCUACAGACGAUUGUAUUGCAGUCGCAGAAUUAUUCCUCCAUAUGUAUCCAGGAACAACAAACCAUCAUCAAUUACAUGAAGUACCACAACAAACAACAACAACAGCGUCAACAAAUAUAUUAAUCGAUUUUGAAGAUGAUUUAUCAAAUAUAAGUGAAAAUGAAUUAAUUGAAUUAAUUAAACAAAAAUUUGAUAAGAAAAAAGAAGAAAUUGUACAUCAACCACAUGAUGCACCAGCCGAAUUAAUAAUAACAACAGCACCAAAUGAAAUUAAUGAAUUUAAUUUGAACGAACAACAAUUAGAACAACAACCAUUAAAUGCACCAUCAACAAAUUUAUCAAAAACCGAAAAACAACGUCGAAAAACCAUGAAACUAAAAUGGAAACAACAAAACCGACCAGACUUCCAAAAUAAAUUAAAACGACCAAUAUAUUAUAAAUAUGACUUUAGAAAAAUACGAGCUCAAUUACGUGAUGAUAACAUACAUACAAGUCAUCAAAUAACAAUCAACCGUAGAUAUAAUGAAGUUAUUAUAGGUUUUAAAUCCCGACAAGAAUUAGAACAUGCAACAAAAAUUAUAAAAAUAAAUUAUUUUUCAAAAUCACAAUAUGAUCAUCGAUGGGGUUAA